AUGGAUUCUAUGAAGGGUUAUCUAUAUAAGUGGACAAACUACUUGAAAGGAUAUCAGAAGCGUUGGUUUGUGCUGCAGAAUGGUUUGGUAUCAUACUACAGAAAUCAAGCAGAAAUGGCUCACACAUGUCGUGGCACUAUCAACCUUGCUAAUGCCAUUGUGAAAAGCACAGGGUCUACUACGUUUGUCAUUUCCAAUAGUAGUACACAAACUUUUCAUCUGAAGGCAAAUUCUGAAAGUGAGCAGAAGAAAUGGGUAUCCGCCCUUAGUUCUGCUAAAGCAAAAGCAGUGGCUUUAAGAAAACAAGGCGAAGAUUCAGAUAUUUAUCCUGAUGGUUAUGAAGAUGAUGAUGAUUACAAAACGUCGACUAGUGAUGAAGAUGGCAUUCGACUUAUUAAUGAUGCACUUAUCAAACUUGAGGCUCAUGUAUCUGAUCUUGAACGUCAUCAGAAUACAGUAAAUCGAAAGGGGGAAGAAUUACAACGUUCCAUUAGUGAUGUAGAAUCUGCUCGUGAUCCUACUGAAUUAUUACAACGCUUCAAUUUGGCUCGUGAACGUGCUACAGUUUUCAAAGUUGCUAGUUUGGCAAUGGUUAAUUCAUGUUCUGAAUUUACUCAUUAUACUCGUGGUCAAAUUGGACGAUGGCAACGGAUAUUUCAUAAUCAAGGUGAACGUUGUGCUUUACUUGAACAAAUGAUUGAACAACUUGCUAAACAAUUACGUCAAUUAGAAUGUUUAACAAAACAGAAUAAUCCACAGUCGACAGUAACACUUGGUUCUACAAGUGGAUCGUUCAACUCAACUCUGAAUAACAAAACUAUUUCCCGACCUCCUGGUCAGGCAGUACGUGUACAACACAUCUCUUCUCAUGGUGAAACAUCUCGUGCAGAAGAAAACACCGUCAUUACACCUAAAAUUGCUCAAGACACCAAACGCUUAAUGUUAAUCAAAAGAGCUCAGAUGUUAGCCCCACUAAAACCAUCAUCACCACAUCAUUCAACUCAGUCUAAAGAACUUUCACAUCAACAUGUCUCUUCAAAUCGUCCUAUCGAUUAUAGUUCUGAUGAGGACUUCUUUGAUGCUGAAGAGGCUAAUUCUGAAUUUUCAAUAACAUUUCCAGAUCUUUCAAUAAAUACUUCAAAAAAUAAUGAAAAUAAAGAUUCGCGUAAAGGUGGUAGAAAUUACUCUGAUACUAAAUCGAAUGAGCAUCAUACAAGUCUUGGCGGUUCUCAAGAUGAUGAUUCUUUAGUACCUACAGGUUCUGAAAUGGCUGAUGAAUCGGAGUCUGAUGUGAGUUUCACCGAUGAUGAAGGCGAUGACUAUAGUGAUCGAAAUUCACCAGCAAAUCAAUUCGCAAAACUACGUGAAGCACGGGUUAUUCAACCACGUGGAAGAAGAUGUGAAAGUCGAACAGGUACUUUAGUUUCAACCGGUGAUGGUCAAAUGUCACAGGAUAUUACUUCAUCAGAUGAUAAAACGAAUAAUCCGGCCAAUUCACAGACUGGUGAACUGCUUCCUGUGAUUACAAAACGCUCACCGAUUAUCAGAAGACUUUCUAUCCCUCCAAAACCGAAUAUCAGUUUGAAUUUAUGGAGUAUCAUGAAGAAUUGUAUCGGCAAAGAGUUGACUAAAAUUCCUAUGCCUGUUAAUUUCAGUGAACCAUUGUCAAUGCUUCAACGUUUAACAGAAGACUUUGAAUAUUCUUCAUGUUUGGAUCGUGCUGCUGCCUGUCAAGAUUCAUUAGAACAAAUGGCUUAUGUUGCGGCAUUCACUGUCUCUGCUUAUGCUACAACUGCAGUGCGUACAAAUAAACCAUUUAAUCCUUUAUUGGGUGAAACCUAUGAGUGUGAUAGAACCGAUGAUCUUGGUUGGCGGUCGCUAGCUGAACAGGUCAGUCAUCAUCCACCAGCUUGUGCUUUACACUGCGAGAGUAAUGCUUGGUAUUGUUGGUUCGAAUUCUCUAUGACAACAAAAUUCCGUGGUAAAUACCUACAGAUUAAUCCAGUCGGUACAUGUCAUCUGGUGUUUCGUCGAACAGGACAUCAUUAUACAUGGCAAAAAAUUCCUAUGACAGUGCAUAAUAUCAUUGUUGGCCGAUUAUGGAUUGAUAACAGCGGGGAAAUGGAUAUCAUCAAUCAUAAUACAGGUGAAAAAUGUCAUCUAUCCUAUAAACCGUAUUCAUAUUUCUCUAGUGAAAAACCUCGUCGGGUAACUGGUGCUGUUCUGGACAAGUCUGGCGCUGUUCGAUACGUGCUAAACGGCACUUGGGAUGAUUCACUUGAAUAUGCACCUGUAGUGACUGCUAGACAAACACGCAAUGGAAAACCAGUACUAGAAACUGGUCCUGCAUUACUUUUAUGGCAAAGUAAUCCCUUACCGCCAGAUGCAGAACGUAUGUACUAUUUCACACGUUUAGCUUUGCAGUUGAAUGAACCGGAAGAAGGUGUAUGCCCUACAGACUGCCGUUUACGACCUGAUCAGCGUCUUAUGGAAGUUGGUCGUUGGGAUGAAGCCAACAGAUCAAAAGUACAACUUGAAGAGAUACAGCGGCAGAGGAGACGUCAAAUGGCUGCUAAAUUGGCUGAACAGUCACUUUCUUCUAGUGGAAAUGAAGCUGGAGUGAAUAGUACUCAUGGAAAAUCUAUAGAUUCGGACAGCUAUCAAUCAACACCAACUGCCAGUAGUUUUCUUGAUAUUGUUGACAGUCAGCAUAAACCGCUAUGGUUUACAAAAGAAAUUGAUCCAGCCACAAAGAAAGAAACUUACAUUUUUAAUGGAAAAUAUUGGGAGCAUAAAUUAACCAACGACUGGUCAAUGUGUCCUAACAUAUAUUCAUGA